UGUGUGCGUGUGUGUUUGCGUUUGUGUAUAACUGUGGGACCUGUUUAGGCCGUCAAGGCUACAGGCGCACGCUUUCAACCUUCGAUCGCUAUUCAAACUUUAAUGCAGUUCGCUAUUAUUUAGGUUACCACUUUUUGUGACACUGUUAACCAUAAUUUAUUUUUCGGUGUAAUUGUAAUUGUAUUCGUCAUCAAAUUGUCAGAUUGUAAAACUAUGAAUCGUUGACCGCAGACCAUUGAAAUGUCAAGCCAGUAUUGCAAAACAAUAGAACGGCUGAAAUAAUUGCUCUAGGAAAAUGAUGAGCCCUGAAAUGGAACGCAUUUUUUACAAUCCCUUGGCGGCAUGGCUGAGUGAGUGAUAUUGAAAGAAUAAUGAUCGCUUCAAGUGUCAGAGUGUUAAGUUGCGUUAAGUGACGGUACGCAUAGGGGUGGGAAAACUCACCCUGGUACAACGUCAAGACUUCAGUACCCCGGCGUUUGCCGCAGAGAGCGGACGUGUGCGCUGUGUCCGUUGUCCUCGCGGCCGCGAGUGCGAAUUACGAUGUCGAGUGUUCUACGUAAAUAUUAUAAGUGCGUUUUGUGAGUGUUUUGUUGGAGUUUCUUUUUUAUAACCUGGAAGGAUCAUCAUUGGCGUUUAAAAUGCUAACCAUGCAACGGCUGCUUAGCAUCACACUCAUCACCAUCGCAGCCGACCAAGUCUACACACAAGAGGACCGCGAACACCAGGGGCCGCAAACCUGCGGUGGCCACCUUAAAGGCACCGUAGGCGUCAUACAAACACCAAACUUCCCGAACCCGUUCCCAGUCCCUAUAAAGUGCAAAUGGAUAAUAGAACACGAUAUAGUUAAUGGGACUAUAUCGAUAUAUUUUACGCAACAAUACACGACCAGUGGGUUGACGUUUACUGAGUAUAUGUAUUACGAUGAGUCGUAUAAGUUGGGGGAGAGGAGGGCGCUUACUAUCACGGAGGAGAAUAUCACUAGGAUUAAAUGGUUACAGGUCCAGAGUCCAGUGCUGGUGGUCGAGCUGAACUUAAAUAGGUUAGAAGGCACACAGCUCAGAGCCCUAGGGCUCCUGAAUGUCUUUGGGUUCAACAUGACGUACGCCGUCAGGGCGCCCACAAACGCACCAGGACCCACAUCCUGCAGUGCUAUAGAAUGCAGGCUCCUUGGACACUGCUACGCCAACCAAAACCAUCAGGAGUUUUACUGCUCGUGUUUCGAGGGCUUCUCCGGCCCGGACUGCGGAGUGGGCCCGCUGUGUCCCACCUCCAACAUGUGUAAAAACGGCGGCACCUGCAGACAGAUGGGCCAAGCCGCCGUCAGCUGUAUCUGCGCGCCGGGCUACACGGGCGACCUCUGCGAGUUCCAGAUAGCCGCUCCCGAAUGCGGGAUAGAGGAGUGCGCUGAAGACUGCAGGGAGGGGGCAGCCUGCGACUGUAAUCCCAGGGACACAGAUUUUUCGUCAGCACGAUUUGAAACAAGACUGCAGGUAGUGGACCAACCAAGUGUCAACAUAUCUCAAGAAAUAGUAAAACAGUUAACAAGCUAUUUAAAAACGUCAAACAUAACAUUAGAAGAUGAAAUAGAAAUUUUAAAUAUAAGUGCAUUAGAAUCGACGGGCGCGCGCACAGUGUGGCUGCGCGUGUGGGGCGCGCGGCGCGAGGCGGGCGCGCUGCGGGCGGCGCUGGCGCGGCUCGCGGCCAUGCGCACGCGUACCGACCGCCUGCGUCUGCUGCCCGCCACGCUGCACUUCGACAUGCAGCCUGCUCUUAGCUUACAUGCUCUAGUUGUGAACCAGCGUCCGGAAGUAUGGGAGGGGUCAGAGUUUAUACUGACGUGUAUGGCGUACGGAUCCCCCAACAUUGCCUUCACGUGGUACAAAGAUGGCGUCAAGAUCAACUUCAAUGGUACUACGAGGUAUGAAAAAGACAUUUGGACCCGGACAGUGGCUGAAGACGCCCUCGGUCGCCGGAUGUCAGUGCUCGGCAUAUCCGAAGCCAAGAAACCUGAUGGUGGCAAGUGGUCCUGCGCAGCCGAUGACGCCGGUAGACGGAGAUGUAGAGCCCUCAGACUGUCAGUCCUCACUCCUCCUGAUAUACGCCUCAUACCCUCCGCGCUGACCGUCAAUAAGGGUGACAACGUCAGCAUAACUUGCCUAGCCGUGGCAGGGCGAGUGCAUGGUGCUUUAGGGUUCAGUUGGGCGCGGGAGAGGACCCUGCUGCCCCUGGCUCCAGGGAGAGAAGUCUGGGAGGACCUGUACCCCGCUGGCAGCGUGCUCAAGCUGUAUAACGUGCAGAAAUCUAACGAGUUCCGGUGCCAAGUUUCGUCGGUGGCCGGUACCAAUGCCAAGGGAGUGACGAUGUGGGCUCUUGGCGCGAACGACGAGGCCUGCCAGAGCGAGGCAUCGCACGGCCUGCGCUGGCCCAAGACCGCUCCCGGGGCGCAUGCCUCCGCCACCUGCCCGCCCGGACACAGUGGGGAAACUACCAGGUUUUGUGAACCAAAGACUGGACAGCACGGUGUCAAGUGGAUGUUACCAGAUUUCUCCGGCUGCGUGGCAGAAUCACUCAAAAAUAUUUACGAACAGUUCAUUCGCAUAUCGUACGGGUACUCCUGGGGCAACGUCUCCGACGUGUCCCGGCAAUACGGUGCGGUGCUCCGCUCGCUCCCCACCCACCCCGGGGAGGGCGAGCCUCCUCUCCGCCACUCGCGACAGAUGCUGCAGUACCUCAUGUCUUCAGCUGCUCAGCCUGCUGACAGAUACCACAGCGCUGAACAUCUGUUGAAUAUCUACGAUAAUCUCCUGAAGCAUCCUGAUGCGUUUUUGGAUGAGGAGAAAAUUUACGAUCUCCAAAACGCGGUAUCAGACACAGCUGGGCUAAGAAGCAGCUUCGACAAAAGGUACCACGAGUUCACCGUCAAGACGAAGUCGGUUCGCGAGGACAACGCUGCCCACUUCGACUUGCAGCCGACCCCAGUGGGGGCUGAGGAGUGGGUCCUGACGUCAGCAGGCGUGGAACUGUUGGCCAGAACUGGGAACGCGUCCGUCGUGACUGUUUUGUACCACAACCUCGGAGCCAGGCUGCCGUCUCUGAGAAGAUCUAUCGAGUUCAACGGCAACUCUUCCAGGUCCGGCCGCGAGAUGGAGUACGUUGUGUCCUCGCAGCAGGUGCAGGUCGCGGCCACCGGUGCAGGAGUCGAUGGAUCUCUACAUCACACUGUAACUUUGCUGUUUGCGCAUUCCAAGAACUAUAGUGCUGUUGCGUCGAAGCUGGCAUGCGGGCUGCGCACGGCGUGGGAGCCGCGCGUAUGGAGCACGAAGGCGUGUGAGGUGCGCGUGCCCGAGCCCGCGCUGGCCGCCUGCCGUUGUCGGGGACUCGGCACCUACGCGCUCUUCACCAUCGCCAGGUCUACCCUCACAGACGCAGAAAAAGACCUUCGAGGGAUAGUGAAAAUCACAGUGAGCCUCGGCGGUGCCAUGUGUAUGGCAGCGGCAGUGCUGCAGCUGCUGGGUCUGGCACCUGGCAGGAAGGCGAAGCUGCCAGUCCUGCUGAAGGCUGCCACCGCUGGCACUCACUCAGCAGCUAUGUUGGCACUGCUAGAAUGUGAUACGAGACAGGAGGAGGCAUGCCCGGGCACGCUGGGCUGGGUGUGCGCGGCGUGCUGGUGCGCGGGCUGCGCGGCGCUGUGCGCGCAGCCGCUGCUGCUGCACGCCGAGCUGGCCGGCCGGGCGCAGCGCGCACCCUCCGUGGGACUACUCGCAGGUGUAUGCACGCUGUCCUGGCUGACGGCUCGCAUCUGGGGCGGGGCGCCGCUGCAGCUGGGCGCGCCCGCCGCCAUCGUGUGCGGCGCGGGCGCGGCGCUGCUGUCCGCACUCGCACUCGCGUUGGCGCUGUGUGCCGCCAGGACGUUACGAGCUGUGACACACAAGCUGCCGCCGGACCGGCGCUCGUACGUGGAGUCCCGCGGGCGCGUGGUGCGGCACACGCUGGCGCUGCUGCUGACGGGCAGCGCGGCGCAGGCGGCCGGCCUCGCCUACGCGCAGCCCGGCGAGCGCACCGCCGCGCACGCCGCCGCGCUCGCGCUCGCCGCGCUGGCUAACGGCUUAGCGAUGCUCAUAUGCUACGUGAUCCGAGACGAGGAGUGCCUGCAGGCUGCGCGCCGACUGCUCACACUGUCCUCCAACAGAGAAUGGCAGGAUUCCCCAGCAGGAGACACCUCACUCAGUUUGUAUAUAAAACAAGGCGGUGAGGUGGAAAGCCGCGGUGGAGUAGGUGUCCUAGAAGCCUCUUCAUCGCCCACAUCCCCAGCGUCUUCGUACUGGAGAGCUCCGUCACUUGAGAGCCCAGCUACGAUGCAUAGGAGGCAAUCGAACCCCGACUGCCGCGCGGACAUCGUCCGCUGCGUGGAGUACAAGGAUGCGCUGCUCUCACCGCAUCGAUACGAUACACACGCCGUCUGCGAUCUUAUACCCACAGGUGGCAGUAGAGGCCCCGGAGAGGGCGAGUACAUGGCGCGAGUGUGCCUGGAGCUGGGCGUGCUGCAGGCUCACGGCGCGCCCCCCGCGUCCCCGCUGGCGCCCCCCGCGCCCCCGCUAGCGCCCUCCGCGCCUGCGCCGCUGCUCAGCUGCGCCAUGGACUUCGAGCCCUACACGCAUAGGAGGUUCGAUACCGCCAAGGAAAGCUGCACAAUCUGCGUGCAGUCAAACCCAGACGUGUCCAAGAUCCCGUCUCCCCCCAUUAAGAGUUGUCUCAAGAAGAGCAAGUCUCAGUUCACGUCCAGCACCUCGCUGCCGUCCAUCCACCACGACUGCAGGGACGAACCGAAGAAGUCCGAUAUAGAACAAGUCAACAGAGAGUGGAACAAGGCCUACAAUAACCCAGAUACUGAUAAAAUGCUCAACAAAAUCUCAAAUGACCUGGAUUUUUUACUCAACAGGACUCAAUCCAGCAAAAAUAGUUUAGAUCAAAUAGAAGAAGCGCCCACUUAGAAGUGAAUUAUUACUUUAGUUGUAAGUACGCGGAAACAGUGGUGCAAUAUGCCAAAUAGAUAAACGAAUGUACAUAUUGUUUGGAUAUAAUCUAUUGUAAUAAUAAACUAGGUAUUAUUAUUAUUAUUAUUUUGUAAUUUAAUACUAAAGAAUGAAAUGAAUGUGGAUAAUAAUUAUGCGCUUGUGGUUAUGAACUGUUGUAUUUUAUAAUGAAUGAAUUGUGUAAGGCGCAAAUGUAUAAUU